CCACCACCAAUAUCAACGAUCAUGGCUUCCCGCUCUCUGCUCACCUCCUCCAUCCUUCGCCACCAAUCUCGCACUCUCGUUCGCGGACGCUCCGCCUUCGCUCGCUUCUACUCAGAACAGCGGUAUGAGAACAUCCUCACGUCGCGCCCUGACCCUGGCGUUGCUCUCAUCACCCUCAACCGGCCCAAGGCGCUGAAUGCGCUCAGCACGGCGCAUUUCAGGGACAUUCUCUCGGCGCUGAAUGACGCAGAUGCUGAUGAGAAGGUCGGCGCGAUUGUGCUCACCGGUUCGGAGAAGGCGUUCGCUGCUGGUGCCGAUAUCCUUGAGAUGAAGGACAAGACGUACGCUGAUGCAUACGGCAACAACUUCCUCUCGAACUGGGAGGACCUCAAGAAGAUCCGCAAGCCCAUCAUCGCCGCAGUCAGCGGCUACGCUCUUGGCGGCGGCUGCGAACUCGCCCUGUCGUGCGACAUCAUCCUCGCCUCGCCCACCGCCAAGUUCGGCCAGCCCGAGAUCAACCUUGGCGUUAUCCCCGGUGGUGGCGGCACGCAGCGCCUCACUCGCGCCGUGGGCAAAGCGCGUGCCAUGGAACUCAUGCUCACCGGGCGCAUGUUUAACGCGCAGGAGGCUGAACGGUGGGGCGUCGUCGCCAAGGUCGUCGAGGAGGGCGAGGGGAAGGUGCUAGAAGAGGCUGUGGGCAUGGCGAAGGCGAUCGCGAGCAAGGGUAGGCUGGCGGUUAUGGCUACGAAAGAGGCUGUCAAUGCCGCGUAUGAGAUGCCGCUCACCGAGGGUUUGAGGUUUGAGCGUAGAUUGUUCCACGGGUUGUUCGCUACCAAUGACCAGAAGGAGGGUAUGGCUGCAUUCGCGGAAAAGCGCAAGCCUAAUUUCACGGACUCGUAGAAAGAUAUUGUGCAACAAAUGGCUCGACCAAUCUAACAUAUGUAAAUAUGUUGUUACAUAAAACACUAAGAAAAUAAAGCAAUGUACAAUCUAACUCCGACACCCAUACCAUCCACACCAUAAAUUAAGGACAUCCUCCACUCUCAAUACACCCUCCCGUUCAUAGGACAGUCAAAACACCGCUGACCACACAACCAUCCCUAGCCCCCUUCCAUCCAUUGGUGCUCGCGUCAGCACUUGUGCUCGCAGACGCCCUGAACAUGCCCCGAUGGACCUCCUGCUCCUCGAGCCCCAGGGUCCUGUAGAACUUCCUGCCUCCCUCGUUGGCAGCCGCCACCUGGGCAACAACGCGUGCCCGGCCCCGUGCCGUGGUGGUGCGCUUGCACGUCUUGGGGCCAAGCGGGUUGCACGUGCACUGCGGCGAGGGCGAGUGCUGUAGGCGGCCCUGGAGCUUGCGCGUCACAUCGUGGAUCAGAGCCCGCGCGAGCCCGCGGCGGCGGUGCGAGGGCGCGACGCCGAGGGUGAGGAUAGAGAUCAGUGGGACGUUCGCGAUGUCGUCCUCGGAGUCGUCGUGCAGCGAGGACUUGGAGAGCGAGAUGGGCACGGCGGAGGCGGCGCGGUCGAGGGUGGCGGUGAUGAAUGCAACAGGGAUGGCGCCGCCGUUAUCCUCGUCUUCGUCGUCGAGGGCAACGAGGCAGAGCCUGUCGGGCUGCACGAGGAGCUGGACGAAGAAUGCGGUUGGGUAUGCGAAGGGGAGAAGCUGGGCGUGCAAACGCUGUACGUGCGGAAGGUCGGCGGCGCGCAUUGUGCGAACGCGUAGGCCGAGCUCGGGAGAGACAGAGCGGGAGGUAACAGAAGAUGAGGCUGAAUCGUAAGACAUGGUGAUUGAUAGUGGUAACAGGGGAGAUGCUAAUUGAUGUUGAUGGUGCAGUCGACAAAACCAGGAGAAAGCUGAGCUCUAGCUUAUGUACUCGCGGGAAGGGGUGUGCCACAAAGCGUGUGGGUGACGAGAUUACGUUUCGAUCUAGGGAAACAGAUGGAGGCUGAUUGCGAAUGGGCCCGGGGAUGGACAGACAGAGGAUUUUCUGUAGUGGCUCGACGGGUAUGGAAAGGGAGAAGAGGAACUCCUUGGUGGUAGGAUCAAUGGGGCUCUCCCGGUCUCUUCUUAUACGAUCUAGCAAUCAAUGCGAACCGCACCAGUGGCUGCAAGUGGGGACAUGCGGGACGGCACGGGGCGAGGCGGAGGAAAGAAAACCAUCGUUCAGGUUCAGCAUUAGGUUGUAGGUGCGUACAGGAUUGGGUUGGAGUCGUUGAGUCGGUGCAGCGCCUAUACCCCUUGCGGUAGGAUACGUCGCUAUCUCUAUGACGCUAACUGUCAAAGGAUAGGCAAUUUGUUCUUGUUAGUCUCCAUUAGCUUGGCUACGGAAUAUGCAUGGGACGGAGACGUGGCUUCAGACCGAGGUUGGAUGAAAUCAGGUCCAUGUCUACCGGGCCGCGGCCGCGCACAAGUCCGGAAUGCGGGGUGGGAGCGACGAUACCAUGAGCAGUUGGACUGGCCAAGGGACUUUGAUUGAUCUAGCGCAUGUUUAGAACGGCUCUGGAACAUGUGAUAGUUCCGAAGACUUCGCGACUUGGUGUUCCGAUAUCUUCCGCUCGCCCCGUCUCACCGCGUCGACGACCUCGAGGCCGAAAGCACGCUCCCUAGACAUCAU